AUAGAUCACAACAACGUUUACCUUAUCAUCAAGCUUGUGGUUAUUUUUGUGCCUGCUGUAGCAUCCGAGGUGAUCAUGACGACGACGACGACGACGACUCCUGGUUCUUUGGUCAAGAAAACAGAGGAGGAGUGGCGUGCGGUUCUUUCUCCUGAGCAGUUUAAGAUUCUCCGUGAGAGAGGCACUGAAACGCCAGGAACAGGAGAAUACAACAAGUUCUUCGAGGAAGGAAUAUUCUGCUGCGUCGGAUGCAACACUCCUCUUUACAAGUCCUCUGCUAAGUUCAAUGUUGAAUGCGGCUGGGCAGCUUUCUAUGAAGGGUUCCCUGGUGCCAUAAACAGACGCCCUGAUCCAGAUGGGGAAGGAACUGAGAUAACUUGUGCCGCAUGCGAUGGACAUUUAGGUCAUGUUCACAAAGGAGAAGGUUAUGGUACUCCAACUGAUGAACGCCACUGCGUUAACAGCGUUUCCAUCAAAUUUAACCCGGCCAAAUCUUCCUCUGAAACACCACCUGAGGAGACUAGUUGAAUAUUGUACCAUAUCUUCGUUUAUCAGAUUGUGUUUUUAUAUUUCUCUUGUAAAACUAUCAUCAUUGUGCAUAUAUAUGCACUUUGUGUAGUGGAUUUAAUAAGGAUCGAUGCAAGAAAUAAUAAGAAUCAUGAGUUGUUGGCCAGAUA